GUCUGUUUUGAUGAGGAUGGUGAGUGACGGCUCUUUAAUAAGAACCUCCUCGUGCACGAACGAAUCACGUGUCCCUAUACGCCAGCUGCACCUUCGCGAGUUACCGGCAAGUGGAGUGUGUGUUGAUGUUGUAAACCGGUAACGGGGCGUCCCGUGGAGGGCUUACCAUCGCAACAGGAGUGUAUAAAAGAAAUGAAGAUGGCACGCCGUUGAACACGCCGAAAAGAUGCGGUGCUUGAGUUUGCUUCUGUUCAUAAAGGUGGCUAGUGAUGCAGCGACUGACCUUUACGUGACAGGAGCGUCGCUCGCGCCAGAGCUGGGGGUAAGCGCCGCACCUGCCGUCACAUCCCCCGUAGCCUCCCGCUAUAUUCCAGAAGAGUACGGGCAUCCCGGGAUUGCGCUCGCCCGGUCUGCGGAGGAGCCGGCGGCGCCGAGCACGGAGGACGGAGAGUCGUCUCACCACCACGGAGGAGGGUACAAGAUAGUGCAGUGGGAAUGGAGCUACGUGCAGACACCUUACAUUAUAGCCAGCUGGCUUUUGGUGGCCAGUGUGGCGAAAAUACUAUUCCACUUCUCUCAGCGUUUCACCACAGCGGUCCCAGAGAGCUGUAUGCUGAUACUGCUGGGUCUGGUUCUGGGUGCAGUGGUUCUUAUCGCCAGCAAAAAGCAGCCGUACCAACUGGACCCAGGGCUUUUUUUUCUCUUUCUUCUGCCAACUAUAGUGGGGGAUGCUGGGUAUUUUAUGCCAUCGCGGCUCUUCUUCGACAACCUGGGUGCCAUUUUGAUGUAUGCUGUAGUAGGCACAUUGUGGAAUGCCUUCUGCACUGGAUUCUGUCUUUAUGGAGUCAAAAUGGCAGGGGCUAUAGAUGAUAAAGUAGACGCAGGUUUGAUGGAGUUCUUGUUGUUUGGAGCUCUGAUCUCGGCUGUGGAUCCUGUAGCAGUGAUCGCUGUGUUUGAAGAAGUCCAUGUGAACGAGACACUCUUCAUCAUUGUCUUUGGCGAGUCGCUGCUCAAUGAUGCUGUCACUGUGGUCUUAUAUAAAGUCUACAUAUCCUUUGUGGAAGUGGGACCAGGAAAUGUUUACACUGCAGACUAUUUUAAAGGAAUUGUCUCCUUCCUCAUUGUCAGUAUUGGAGGGACUUUGGUUGGGCUCAUCUUUGCCGUUAUUCUGGCCUUUGUCACUCGUUUUACAAAGAAGGUGCGCAUCAUAGAGCCGCUGUUUGUCUUCCUGUUGGUUUACCUGGCCUAUCUGACGGCAGAACUCUUCUCUCUGUCCGCCAUUCUUUCCAUGACUUUCUGUGGCAUUGGCUGUAACAAGUAUGUGGAAGCCAAUAUAUCCCAGAAGUCCCGGACCACCGUGAAGUACACUAUGAAAACCCUGGCCAGCAUUGCAGAGACGAUCAUAUUCAUCUUUUUGGGUAUCUCAGCUGUGGACAAGUCCAAAUGGGCCUGGGACACUGGCCUUGUUGUCAGCACACUCAUAUUUAUUUUAGUCUUCAGGGCCAUAGGUGUAGUAGGGCAGACUUGGUUCCUGAACUGGUUUAGACUGGUCCCGCUUGACAAGAUUGAUCAAGUGGUGAUGUCAUAUGGCGGUCUCAGAGGAGCUGUGGCCUUUGCUCUGGUGGUUCUUUUAGACAAAGAAAAGGUGAAGGCUAAAGACUACUUUGUGGCAACAACCAUAGUUGUGGUUUUCUUCACAGUCAUGUUUCAGGGUUUAACCAUCAAGCCUUUAGUGAAAUGGUUGAAAGUGCCUCGCAGCACAAACAGAAAACCUACCAUCAAUGAAGAGAUCCACGAGCGUGCCUUUGACCACAUUCUGACAGCUGUGGAGGACAUUGCUGGUCUGAAUGGCUACCAUCACUGGAGGGACAAGUGGGAGCAAUUUGACAAGAACUAUUUGAGUAAGUUGCUGUUGAGAAAGUCUGUGUACCAUAAGAGUGAACUGUGGGAGGCCUAUCAGAAAAUCAACAUCCGAGAUGCCAUCAGCGUCAUCGAUCAGGGUGGGAAUGUGUUGACCUCUGCUAGACUCUCUCUGCCUUCCAUGGCCAGCAGAACCUCAUUUCCAGAGGUCACAAAUGUUACCAACUACCUAAGAGAGAACGGCAGUGGGGUUUGUCUAGACCUCCAGGUGAUUGACACAGUGCCAGGAGCCAAGAUAGAGGAAGAACUAGAGACACAUCAUGUGCUUGCUGGAAACCUCUACAAACCCAGGAGACGGUACCAGUCCCACUACAGUCGCCACUUCAUGACAGUGGGUGAAAAAGAGAGACAGGAUAGGGAGGUGUUCCAGAGGAAUAUGCGCAACCGUCUGGAGUCCUUUAAAUCCACUCGCUACAAGCGUCACAAGAAGGACCGCAGUCAGAAAAAGCGGAAAGGGUCAGAUGCAAAAGAGCAAGACACCAAUGAAAAACCUAGGCGAAAUGUCAGCUGGCAGGACAAAGACCCAGUUGUAGUUCCAAUGGCACCUGAGGAGGAUAAACAUGAUCCUUCUGAACUAGAUAAAGAUGAUGAUGUGGGCAUCACUUUUGUGGCUCGCAAAACCCCAGAAACACCAAAGGAGAGACCAAAAUCAGUACCAGCUGCCCUGGAUGUUUGUCAGAGCCCGGUUGCCGCCCCUCCCUCGCUGACGUGUGGAGAGAAAAACCUGCCGUGGAAAACUGGUGUGGGUUCCCUCCCUCCCUGUGUUUCUGUGGAGGCCACUAAAAUUAUCCCAAUAGACCUGCAGCAGGCUUGGAACCAGAGCAUCUCCUCUCUGGAGAGCCUGGCUUCUCCUCCCGCUCCUCCAGAGCACCCACGGGUUAGCGCUCUCUCGAGGCUGGGAGGACCCUUGCGGACCCCUCCGAAGGGAAAAAGUGGUGGUGGUGCAGGAUCAGGAAGUAAUACAAGUUCCCCAAGUUCAGGGCAGUUCAAGUUCCCUACAGGGAAGGAGGAAGAGGAGGAAGGUGCCCUCUCACAGCAGCAGCAAGAAAUGCAGCCACUAAUGUCGUCUUUGAGGCCACCGCCACCACCUCCUCCGCCACCUGCUGCACAAUCCGCCGGAAAGAGAAGAAAUCCUUGUGUAUAUCUUAGGAGUCUGGUGACAGUGCCACCUUCUGGUGGGGAGCCACAAAGCAGGAAACCAACCCAACUGUAGAAUUGCUUCCUUUAAUCAUCUUACUGCAGGCAUUUACCUCCUCAAUCCAGACUUUAUUUUUAAGUCAAUAAAUUCCUUUCUAAGAGACUGUUCAUUUGGUUUUAUUUUUUAUAGCAGAAACAGGCUACAUGGGUUUAAAAAGGUUGGUAGAGUCCAGUUCUUUUGUGUAUAGGGCAGUUCUUCUCACACAGGAAAACCAUUCCACUUUCCAUGUUUUUUUUGUUUUUUUUUUAUCUGCCCUGUAUUAUGUAUCUCUGCAUAUGUGAUUGUCAAAAUGUACAACCAUUGAACAAAUAUAAGGAUAAAUCACAUUCCAAGGAGGUACUGGGUGUGUCUGUCAAACAGUGUUUUUAUUCAACGUUCCUCCCUCACUCACACAUAAAAGAACAGCAAAUCAUUUUAUGGUUACUUUUUCAACUUUAAUCUUUAAAUCAGCCAAUCCAUCUUAAAACAAGAAUGAGUACUGUAGUACUGAAGUCUUCCCUUUUCAGACUGGGAUGACACGAGCUUAGAGCCACGCACCUUCAGUCACAGCCAUUAUCUCUCAAUGGGUUUGAGAUAUGCAUAACAAAUCCACACACACUACAUGACAAGUAAUCCAUGAUGAUUGAUUUGCUGUGUACAGGAUAUAUAAGCUUCUAUGCAGCACGUUACCUGUUCUCUGUUGUGUUUGGCAAAAAAGCAAGGUAUGUUAAUUUAUUUUGUAUUUAUGUAUCAACUUCAUGCCUUUUAUUCUUUUACUUUCUGAAUAACAGGGGUUUGUGAAUCUGUAUUUUAAUCUACAAAGCUGUACACAGCUGUUUUAAUAACCAAAGUGUGUAAUGUUAAUGUUUAAUUUUUGUCCGUCAUUACUUAAUUUUAUGACAUUAUAUUUAUAUUUAUAAUCAUGAAUAAUGAAUUAAGGAUCAUUAGGAUUGUAUGUGCUUUAUCAGUAGUAGGGGGCUGGAACUGUCACAGUGUAAAACUUACUGCCUAAUAAUACUGUAGGCCACAGACUCAUCAAUGUAAUAUAAUGCACUUAUUUCAGUUUCUUUUUAAUUUGUCUGACAAUGAUAAACAUAUAGCCUACUGUACAUCUUAUGUUGACUCCCAGUCUUCAGAUGUCUUCAUUCUUAAAGGUUCUUACUAUACCAGAAAAAAAUGGUAUCCUAUACAUAAUUUAGGUUUUGCACUUUAAUUAAAAGCCAUUUAGGCCAUUGUACCUAUGGAGUUGUCGAAUCAUUUUGUAUUGCUGUGUAUAUACUGAGGAUUGUUGUGCCUUGAGAGGGUGUUAAAUGUGUUAAAUGUUGAGAAAGAGGCCUUGUUGAUCUCUAUUGUGCCUGUAAACAGUAUGGAGUGGGUCAGUGCUAUGUUGUCUUACUUGAACUUGUCGUGUUAGCAGAAAUGUUGCCCUAAUCAUUUGAUCCCACUGAAUUCGAUUUGGAAUUAAAUUAUCCACCUAUUAAAUUCAAAUGGAAUUUUCA